CCCCUGAAGCAUUGUACAGGUUUAAAUUUCUAAUAUGCUAAAUAUCAAUGUCUAUAGCCAUGUAAACAGAAAACACUUGUUUUCUUUAAAGAGAAAAGUGUUCCUGCAACCGAAAAAUGAAGAUAACCACUGUAGGCUUUACCCAGUCAUGAUUGGCCUAUUUCUUGCUCUGACCUCAUAAAGAGCCAUUGUUACCAAAUUCCUAAGACCUAUAUAAGCCCCUGGCUGGGCCUAGGAUUUCGGUCCUUAUUACCCAGGAAGCUGUUUUUUGGUGACCUGUGGAGCCUGACCGUAGCACUACUGCUUUUCCCUUGUUAGUGAGUAUUGUCAGUGUAGUUAGUAUAGUUAGCAUUGUUGGUUAGUUGUGUUAGUGUAGUAUAGUUAGUAGUUUGUUAGUUUUGUUGCCAUACUAUAGUUAGUAUUGUUUGUUAGUUUUGUUACCAUACUAUAGUUAUUAUUGUUUGUUAGCAGCAUUAGCGUAGCGUAGUUAAUAUUGUUUUUUAUUAGGAUAGUAUACUUAGUAUUAUUCUUUUGUAGUGUUAGUAUUAGUAUUGUUAGUCUAUUUAGCACUAUUUAUUAAUAUAGUGUAGUUCAUAUAGUUAUUGUAGUUUGUACUGUUAGUAUCCUUAGCCUAGUUAGUAUAGUUGGGAGUGUUCACUAGUUAGUAAGCACAGUUAGCAUAGAGGGGACCAUGGCUCAGGCCUUGGACACCCGUUCAGCCAUGGAGAAGUUGAACGAUUAUAAGCUCCUCAAGGGAAUUGGCUCCGGCAAGCACGGCCAUGUGAUGCUGGCCGUGCACAUUCCCACUGGGAGAAAGGUGGCUCUCAAAAUGAUGUCCAAGAAGACCCACCCCAGGCUGGAAUGUUACCACAUGGAGGUCAAAGCCUUGAGUGUCCUCAAUCACCCCAAUAUCCUCAAGCUUCUGAAUGUCAUCGAGGACGAAGACACCAUCUGCUUGGUAACGGAGUACGCCAGUGGUGGGGACCUUUCCAGGCAUAUUAGUAGACUCCAGCGCUUGAGCGAGGAGGAGGCCCGUCCCAUAUUCCGCCAGCUCCUGGCCGCAGUGCAACACUGCCACGAGAACCACAUCGUCCACCGCGACCUAAAGCCCAGCAACAUUCUACUAGACAAGCACGGGAACAUUAAACUAGCUGACUUCGGCCUCGCUGGAACUUUUAGUGAGGAGGACUACCUGAGCAAAUUCUGUGGAACUCCUGCUUUUAGUGCCCCAGAAAUAUUCCUGCAUGAGAAAUAUGUGGGCCCGGAGGUGGACGUGUGGAGCUUGGGUAUUGUCCUCUACACUAUGAUCCUGGGGAAGACUCCAUUUAUUGGUUCCAGGUGGAAGGAUCUGAAAAAGGACGUCACUGAGGGAAAGUAUGAGAUACCUGAUUACUUUUCUCAAGGUCUCAGAGCACUUUUGAGGAAGUUCCUCACCGUUGAUGCUAAGUUGAGGCCCACCCUCCAUGAACUUAUGAAGGAUGAUUGGAUCCAGCAACAGAAGACACCAGAGGCUAUCAGGAAAGGCACAGUGACUGUGAAUCUUCUAAGCAGCAUAUGGAACACUCCCAGUGUUCUCGUAGUUUCCCAGCAUGGCCCCUUGACCUCUCAGUCCAGCCAAAGCACCAUCCUUUGGGAAGAGCAAGUAGGAGACAGCACUGUCCAGUUUGAGCAGCCAUAUGGGAAGACCUCAACUUCUCUCUCAGAAAAGGGCCAGCGCCGGAAGGGGUUCACUAGAAGACUCGGCAGGUUCUUCCUGAGAAUCUGCUGCAUCCUGCCAGCCAGACAGAUCUGCUGCAUGCGGCUGAACAGGGUGGUGCCAGUGACUGAGGACAGCUGAAGCAGCAAGGGCAAAAUGGAGAGCAAGAAGACCGUGAGCUCCCCAGAUCCAAACAACACGGAGUGGGAAGUCGGCCAGGCGGGAACUCACAGCUCUGGGUGGGAGCCGGCCAGAAGCAGCCUGCGGCCUUCACAGGCAUCCAAGCCACAGUAGACUGAGCUGCAGCACGGCCUGGAGCCCUGGAGACAAGGGGGCCCCUCAGCCCCCACCGGGUACCCUUUGUUCCCCAGUAUGGAUUUUCUUUAUGCUUAACAACCCAGUGAGCAGUCACCCAGUGCUGCUGUCCCUGAAAUCCAUCCCUGGCUCUCACCCCUUCAGCAAUGCCUGUUUUUGUUUUUUGUUUGUUUGUUUGUUUUGUUUUUUAUGUCAUCACACAUUACUAUCCAAAUAUGGGAGCUUCAAAUACAUUUGAAGUAUUUUGUGAAGUAACUUCAUGUCUAGGGACCCAUAGUUCCAAUUCUCUGGAAGCUUUUGUCCUUUUGAGCUCUUCUGAACUUGCAAGCUCCUCAUUAGGUUGGCUUACCUAUGUUCCUGGCUCAUUUCUACCUCAAGGUCUCCUUAAGGAGGUAGAAUGUUCCAGAUUGGUAUUCUAUUGCCUUUCAGUUCUUUCUUGAGAACAGAUGGAUGUUGAAGGAUCAGUCAAACCUGUCUUGUCUUGUUAGUUGACUUUCUGCAGUUUUCAGAGCAGAAGACACAAGGUGGAAACUGAAUUGCACUGUCCUGGAUUCUGAAGUUUCUAGUUAUGAAUCCUUGUGCCAACCAGGAGAAAAAGGUGAGUGGGAAACUGACUAUAUUUUAGUCUAUUGCUUUCUUUGAUAUUGCUUCAAUUCACUGAACACUUUUGAGGGGUAUAUUCUAUUUGAUUCAGUGAGAAGUAGUGUGAGCAUUCCCUUUAGUCUAAGGCAAUAACAAAUUAGUUCAUAAUGUCAUCCCUGUGAAAUCUUGCAUCAUUGCUAUGGAUUUUUCUGAUUACAAAAAAAGGCAGAGGGAAGAUUUGGAGGAGGAAAACUUAAAUUUUGUAAACAAUAACUUUUUCUAUUGUUGUGGCUCUGGUUUUAAGUUAGUGGUUGUAUACAUGAAGAAAAGUGUAUGCAAAAUAUUGACAUAGAACUUGACAAUAAGAGCUUCCUUGGGUAAGAUAAGAAAGAACUACAAUGGAUGAUGAGAUUUACUUAUAUUUCCUGUUAAAAAAUCUAUUGUGAUAGAAAAUUGUAACAUUUUUUCAAGAGUAAUAGUGUUGUACUUAAAAUUGUGAAACCUACCAAAUGGGAUUAUCAAAAAGGCAAAAUGAGAAUUUCCUCAAGGCUUAGUCUGAUUGAUUAGUCCAGUUGAUUUUGAUGCCAGUGCACAUUGAUUUAUACUGUUUGUAUUUUGUUUUUAAAGCAACUGAAAUGAAUAAAAUAUGGACUUUGGAUAUUGGGCUCUAUAUAUUCUUAGAUUAAGCAGGUCUAAGUCUUUAAAAACUGAAAAUAUGUGAAAACAAAACAGGUGCCAUGGUAUC